AUGUCUUCACUUCUGAAAAGCAUCUGUGAUAUCACUGAAGUUUUCAAUCAGUAUGCCUCACAUGGUUGCGAUGGGGCCUCACUAAGCAAGAAAGACCUAAAGAACCUCCUUGAAAGGGAAUUUGGAGCUGUCCUUCGGAGACCACAUGACCCUGAGGCGGUAGAUCUGAUUCUAGAACUUCUGGACCGCGACUCCAAUGGGCAGGUGGAUUUCAAUGAAUUCCUCCUCUUCGUUUUCAAGGCGGCUCAAGCUUGUUACUAUGCCCUAGGCCAGGCCGCGGGGCUAGAUGAGGAGAAGCGUGAGGGAAAGGGGAGCCUCUUACAAGAUCGCAGGCAAGAAGACCAAAGAAGAUUCGAGCCCCAGGAUGAAGAACCUGGGCGCCCAAGCUGGCAGAAGCAGCACGAGCAGGAGAGGGAGCAGGAACGGGGGAACCGGCAAGAAAGACUUGAGGAGCGCGACAGGCAGCAGCGCGACGAGGAGCAGCGGUUGCAGCGGCUGGAACAGCAAGAGCGGCGCGCAGAGGAAGAGCAGCUGAGGAGGCGCAAGGGCCGCGACGCGGAGGAGUUUUCUGAGCAAGAGGAACAGUACGGGAGUGAGAGGCGGGAGCAGCGAGAGCGCCAGGAGGAGCGGCUGCAGAGACGCGAGCGGCAAGAGCUGGACAGCGAGCGCCGGACGGAAGAGAGGCAGCAGCUGCGCGAGCAGCAGGAGCAGAGGCGCGAGCAGCAGCUGGUGGCUGAGGAGGAGCAGGCCCGGCGCCAGGACGAAAGCCGCGCCCAAAAGUGGCAGUGGCAGCUAGAAAGCGAGGCGGAGGCGCGUCAGAGCAAAGUCUACUCCAGGCCUCGCAGGCAGGAGGAGCAGAGGCUCCGUCAGGAGCAGGAGGAGGAGCAGAGGCGGCGCCGCGAGCGGGAGCUGCAGCGGCAGCAGCUGGAAGAGGAGCAGCAGCAGCGCCGCCGCGAGCAGCUGAGGGAGGAGGAGCGACGGGAGUCGCAACAACGGUUUUAUGGGGAACAGGACCCCCGCCGCCAGCAACGCGAGAGGGAGCAGGAGCUGCGCUUCCGUGAGGAGGAGCAGCUGCAACGAAGGGAGCUCCAGGACAGCCUCGCUGAGGACCCACAGAGGAGGCGACGCCAGGAGGAGCAAAGCUGGAGGUGGCAACUAGAGGAAGAAAGCCAGAAACGCCGCUACACGCUCUUCGCGAAGCCCGGCCAGCGAGAGCAGCGGAGGGAGGAAGCGCAGCUGCGACAAGAACGGGAAGAACUGAGGCUGCGUCUCCAGGAGGAGCAGCAGCUGCGCGGCCAAGAACGUGACAGAAAAUUCCGGGAGAAGCAAGAGUUGCGUCAGGAAAGAGAGGAAGAGCAGCUGCGCCGCCAAGAGCGUGAGCAACAGCUUCGCAGAGAGCGCGACAGGAAAUUCCAGGAGGAAGAAGAGCUGCGCCAGGAACAGGAAGAAGAGCAGCUGCGCCGCCAGGAACGCGACAGGAAGUUCCGUGGAGAGCAAGAGCUCCGUCAGGAACGGGAGGAAGAGCAGCUGCGCCGGGAGCGCGACAGGAAAUUCCAGGAGGAACAAGAGCUGCGUCAGGAAAGAGAAGAGGAGCAGCUGCGCCGCCAGGAGCGCGAGCAACAGCUUCGGGAACGUGACAGGAAAUUCCAGGAAGAGGAAGAGUUCCGUCAGGAAAGAGAGGAGCAGCAACUGCGCCGCCAGGAACGCGACAGAGAAUUCCGAGAGGAACAAGAGCUGCGUCAGGAACGGGAGGAAGAGCAGCUGCGUCGCCAGGAACGCGACAGAAAGUUCCGCAGAGAACAAGAGCUGCGUCAGGUAAGAGAGGAGGAGCAGCUGCGCCGUGAGGAGCGUGAGCAACAGCUUCGCAGAGAGCGCGACAGAAAAUUCCAAGAGGAAGAAGAACUGCGCCAGGAACGGGAGGAAGAGCAGCUGCGACAGGAACGCGACAGGAAAUUCCGAGAGGAAAAAGAGCUGCGUCAGGAAAGAGAGGAAGAGCAACUGCGCCGCCAGGAACGUGACAGAAAAUUCCGCAGGGAACAAGAGCUGCGUCAGGAAAGAGAAGAGCAGCAGCUGCGCCGUGAGCUUGACAGGAAAUUCCGAGAGCAAGAGCUUAGUCAGGAGAGGGAGGAAGAGCAGCAGCUGCGCCAGGAAAAAGAAGAGCAGCUGCGCCGCCAGGAACGUGACAGAAAAUUCCGCAGAGAACAAGAGCUGCGUCAGGAAAGAGAAGAGCAGCUGAGCCGCCAGGAACGCGACAGAAGAUUCCGCAGGGAACAAGAGCUGCGUCAGGAGAGGGAAGAAGAGCAGCUGCGCCGGGAGCGCGACAGGAAAUUCCAGGAGGAACAAGAGCUGCGUCAGGAAAGAGAAGAGGAGCAGCUGCGCCGCCAGGAGCGCGAGCAACAGCUUCGGGAACGUGACAGGAAAUUCCAGGAAGAGGAAGAGUUCCGUCAGGAAAGAGAGGAGCAGCAGCUGCGCCGCCAGGAACGCGACAGAGAAUUCCGCAGAGAACAAGAGCUGCGCCAGGAAAGAGAAGAGGAACAAGAGCUGCGCCGCCAGGAACGGGAAGAAGAGCAGCUGCGCCGCCAGGAAAGCGACAGAAAGUUCCUAGGGGAACAAGAGCUGCGCCAGGAACGGGAGGAAGAGCAGCUGCGCCGCCAGGAACUGGACAGGAAGUUCCGCAGAGAACAAGAGCUGCGCCGGGAGGAGCGUGAGCAACUGCUUCGCAGAGAACGCGACAGAAAAUUCCAAGAGGAAGAAGAACUGCGCCAGGAACGGGAGGAAGAGCAGCUGCGCCGUCAGGAACGCGACAGAAAGUUCCGAGGGGAACAAGAGCUCCGUCAGGAACGUGACAGGCAGUUCCGCAGAGAACAAGAGCUGCGCCAGGUAAGAGAGGAGGAGCAGCUGCGCCGUGAGGAGCGUGAGCAACUGCUUCGCAGAGAGCGCGACAGAAAAUUCCAAGAGGAAGAAGAACUGCGCCAGGAACGGGAGGAAGAGCAGCUGCGUCGCCAGGAACGUGACAGGAAGUUCCGCGGGGAACAAGAACUGCGCCAGGAACGGGAGGAAGAGCAGCUGCGUCGCCAGGAACGCGACAGAAAAUUCCGCAGAGAACAAGAGCUGCGUCAGGAGAGGGAGGAAGAGCAGUUCCUCCGGGAGCGCGACAGAAAAUUCCAAGAGGAAGAAGAGCUGCGUCAGGAACGGGAGGAAGAGCAGCUGCGCCGCCAGGAACGCGACAGAAGAAUCCGCAGGGAACAAGAGCUGCGUCAGGAACGGGAGGAGGAGCAGCUGAGCCGUCAGGAACGCAGCAGAAGAAUCCGCAGGGAACAAGAGCUGCGUCAGGAACGGGAGGAGGAGCAGCUGCGUGGGCAGGAGCGAGCCCGGCAGUACGGGGCCGAGGAGCAGUUUGCGAGGGAGAAGAGUCGUCGUCAAGAACAGGAACUGCGGCAGGAAGAGCAGAUCCGCCGAGAGAGGCAGUUCCGGGAAGACACGGGUCACAGGCAGCUGCAGGAGUCUGGCAGGAGCCAGUUCGCCCACGUGCCGGUGCGCUCCAGCCCUCUCUAUGAGUACAUCCAAGAGCAGAGGUCUCAGUACCGUCCUUAGACGCC